AUGCCACCCCCAGAACUGCCAAGGCUCGUGGCUGAACAGCACCAGCCAAUCCCCACCAACGACAAGGACUCUCAGCGUCUGAUUGUCGUCCUCUGCAAUGCCACGCUUGAAACGUAUAAAGCGUCGCAUGGCUCUGGCCGUGGGCCCGGCGGCAGGGAGGACAAGUACAAUCUCCUCAACAGCGACGAUCACAUCGGUGUUAUGCGCAAAAUGGGCCGCGACAUCAGCGAAGCGCGUCCAGAUAUCACGCACCAAUGUCUGCUCACCCUCCUCGACUCGCCUAUCAACAAGUCAGGCAAGCUCCAGAUCUACAUCCAGACUGCACGCAACGUCCUCAUCAGGGUCAGCCCUACCGUGCGCAUCCCGCGAACAUUCAAGCGAUUUGCUGGUUUGAUGGUGCAGCUGCUGCACAGGCAUCAGAUUCGAUCGACCUCGUCUCAAGAGAAGCUAAUUGAGGUGAUCAAGAACCCUAUCACAGACCACCUGCCGCCCAACUGCCGCAAGGUCACUCUCAGUUUCGACGCAGAGGUUGUACGGCUGAGCGACUACAUUGGUAGCCUCAACAAGAACGAGAGCAUUGCAGUCUUCGUUGGUGCCAUGGCAAAGGGCAACGAUGACUUUGCGGACGCGAUCAAGGACGACAGCAUCGGAAUCAGCAACUUCAAUCUCAGUGCCAGCGUUGCAUGCAGCAAGUUCUGCCACGCAGCAGAGGACGUCUGGGGCAUCUUCUAG